GGUAGCACUAGAACUCACAGCCUGGUCAGUUACAGUCAGCUGAACUCACUCCUCCUGCCAACAUGUCCUACGGCUGCUCCUCUGGAAACUUCUCCUCCCGCUCCUGUGGGGGCUACCUGCAACUCCCAGCCUCCUCCUGCGGCUCUUCCUACCCCAGCAACCUGGUCUACAGCGCUGAUCUCCAGUCCCCCACCAGCUACCAGCGGGGCUCCUCGCUCUACAGUGGCUGUCAGGAAACCUUCUGUGAGCCCACCAGCUGCCGGAGGUCCUGUGUGCUGUCCAGGCCCUGCCAGACGUCCUGCUACCGCCCCAGGCCCUCUGCGUUCUGCAGUCCUUGCGGAACCACUUAUUCUGGAUCUCUGGGAUUUGGAUCGAACAGCUGCCGCUCCUUGGGCUAUGGAUCUACAAGCUGCUAUUCACUGGGCGGUAGAUCCAACGGCUUCAGGUCCCCGGGUUAUGGAGUCUGUGCCUUCCCUUCUCUAACCUAUGGAUCUGGGUUCUACCGUCCAACUUUUUUCACUUCUAGGAACUUCCAGUCCCCUUGUUACAGACCAACCUGUGGCUCUGGUUUCUAUGGGUUCACUUGUUAAGUGCCUAUAUGAGUAUUGAGUUCAAACUUUACACUCAAUACUGCCUCUGCUUUCCUUCCUAACUUUAUACUAUCUUUUUGUUCUCUCCACAAUAUCCUUUUGGUUUUGAUUCAAAAAACUGAAAGUUAAAAUCUUAUCUAAUAAAAUUCUUUUAUCUAGCAAUUAAA